AUGCGUAAACAGAUUUUGGACAGCGAAAAGAUUCGGCGGCGCGUGCGCCUGAGCAACUACCAUUCGACCUCAAAGGUCAGUACGUUCAUGGUCACGAAGCCGAUGUGCAUGGACGAGGGUUGGAACCGAGUGGGCCUGAAACUGGCCGAGAUCGUGAGCGACGCGUUCAAGACGACCUACGUGGAGACGGUCCGCAUCCAAGUGCACGCUAACUGUCGGCUGAGAAGGAUAUAUUUCAGUAGCCAAGAGUACAAGGAGGAUGAGCUGCCCAAUGCGUACAGGAUGCACAGGACCGCAGUGGUGCGGGAAAAACCGAAGAGAUUGCCGAAGAAAAUUCCAGGACCCGUUGACAAAAAGUCGACGGCUGUCGUAGACCAGACUAAAACCUGA